UUCCGCUCCACUGAAACCUCCGCGCGGCCGGGUGCGGGCGGAGUCUUCCUCGAUCCCGUGGUGCUCCGCGGCGUGGCUUUGCUCUCUUCCGGUCGCGGGACACCGGGCUAGAGGGCAGUCGCGGCGGGCAGCGACGGCAGAAUGUUGGCUACCAGGGUAUUUAGCCUAGUUGGCAAGCGAGCAAUUUCCACCUCGGUGUGUGUACGAGCACACGGAAGUGUUGUGAAGAGCGAAGACUAUGCACUCCCAAGUUACAUGGAUCGGCGUGACUAUCCCUUGCCCGAUGUGGCCCAUGUCAGGCACCUGUCGGCCAGCCAGAAGGCCUUGAAGGAGAAGGAGAAGGCCUCCUGGAGCAGCCUCUCUGUGGAUGAGAAAGUCGAGUUGUAUCGUAUUCAGUUCAAGGAGAGCUUUGCUGAGAUGAACAGGGGCUCCAAUGAGUGGAAGACGGUUGUGGGUGCUGCCAUGUUCUUCAUCGGCUUCACCGCAAUUCUUAUCAUCUUGGAGAAGCGCUAUGUGUACGGCCCCCUCCCGCACACCUUUGACAAAGAGUGGGUGGCCAUGCAGACCAAGAGGAUGCUGGACCUGAAGGUGAACCCCGUCGAUGGCCUCGCCUCCAAGUGGGACUACGACAAGAAGGAGUGGAAGAAGUGAGAGAUGCUGGCCUGUGCCGAGCCAGGCUGUGUCACCUCCGUGCGACCCCAUGCCUCUGUACUGGGAACCUGUUAUGCCAAACAGUACCACUGCUAAUAAAUGACCAGUUUACCUGAAA